AUGCAUUUUUCAACUCUUCUCUCAGCCCUAUCUCUUGCGACAGGCAUCAUCGCCGCACCGAGUGCCCUCACUCGUCGCACGAGUAGAACUAGCGCUCCCUCAGGGUGUCUAACAGUCGGUUCUGGAGGCACAUACUCGACUAUCGGUGCCGCACUUACUGCACUUGGCUCAUCUACGUCUGCGGCCUGCAUCUAUGUCGCCAGUGGCACGUACACAGAGCAACUCACCAUCAACUAUGCCGGAACUUUGACCCUGUACGGAGAGACCUCUGAUACGGGGACCUAUAAGGACAACACUGUGACUAUCACGCAUACCAUCUCUUCACCAGAUGCUGGUAGUCUUGACAAGAGCGCGACUGUCAAUGUCGUCUCUGCUGGAUUCAAGAUGUACAACAUCAACGUGAUUAAUGGAUAUGGAAAGGGUGCACAGGCUGUUGCCCUCGUCGGUAACGCCAAUAAACUCGGUUUCUACGGCUGCCAAUUCUCAGGCUACCAAGACACUCUGUACGCAAAGGCCGGAACCCAAUACUACUCCAACUGCAUGAUCGAAGGAGCCGUGGACUAUAUCUUCGGCGACGCCUCCGCCUGGUUCGGCGAAUGCGACAUCGUCUCCAACGGCGGCGGCGCCAUAACCGCAAACUCCCGCGAAACAUCCACCGACACAGCCUGGUACGCAAUUGAUAACUGCAACGUGAAAGCCGCCUCGGGACUGGACCUCGACGGGGAUGUGUAUCUCGGUCGACCGUGGCGUGUGCUUGCGCGGGUGAUUUAUCAGAAUUCGGUCCUUGGGAGCUUGAUCAAUGAGAAAGGGUGGACGGCUAUGGCUGAGAAUGCGACGCCGUUGUAUUAUGAGUAUAAUAACUCGGGGGGUGGGUCGAGUACUUCGGCGCGUGAGUAUGAGAGUUCUAUUUCGGCGGGGGUGACGAAGAAGACGGUUUUGGGGAGUGAUUAUGGGGAUUGGAUUGAUUCGAGUUAUUAG